AUGGUGCAGGUAGAGGUGAUCGUGGGCGCGUGCGCAGCCGUCGUCGGCAUCGUGUCUUUCCUCGUCAUAUCUAUCCCCACACCCCGCGUCUCUUGCGACAUCGCAUGCUCGUGUGGUCAUAUCCAGGGCAAAGUCUUGGCUGCGUCGACCUUGCACUGUAUCUGCUACUGCGAUGACUGCCAGGAGUCCAAGCUGCACGACAAGUUUCCGAACGCUCCGUCCCACGUGAAUGAGAACGGAGGCACCCACGUCAUUCUACUGUUCCCGUCGGACGUUCGUAUCACGGCCGGUCAGGACAAGCUGGUCCAGGCCAAGUUGAAGGAACACACGACAACCUGCCGCGUGUACGCGUCAUGCUGCGGCACUCCCAUAUUCAACGCCACGACGAAAAACCUUCCAUCCACCUCGCAGCGAUCCCUGACAAGUCUGUCGGAACUGCACAAUUCCACGUUUGGACAAAGUUGCGGCGCCACGACCUUGCCGCCGACCCUCAACCUCAAGAUUCUGUUCCGCCUCCUCCUCAAUCGAACCAAGAAGCUUCCGCACCCCGUGGACGUCCGUCAGCCAGCGGCAGUGUUGUAA